AUGAACUUAAAAAGAUAUUGGAAUAAAUUGGACAAAAGGUCUAAUUUCCUUUCUAAAAUAAUUGAAUUAGUGGUACCUUCUAAAAUAAUGAAACAACAGUCUUACCUUUGGAAAAGGACUAUAAACUCCUUAAAAGAACUGUUGAGUCACUCUACUGGUUUAACCUUAAAGGAACCAGAAACUAUUGGUGACACCG